AUGUCAUUAUCAUUACAAUCAAAAUUACAUACAAAAUCAAUUAAUAAACCACAUAUUGAAACAAGUUUAAUUGAAGUAACUAAUAAAUUACCAUUAAAACCACCAUGUAGAAUUUUUUUCAAAAAUGAAUAUGAACAACCAUCGGGUAGUUUUAAAUUAAGAGGAAUUGGUAAUUUAGUGUAUGAAUCUAUCAAACAAAUUCAAUUAACUAAACUGAAAAAGAAGAUUGAAAUAUUUGCUUCAAGUGGUGGUAAUGCUGGUUUAGCUGCUGCUUAUUGUGGAUUCUAUUAUAAUGUUAAAUGCACAGUUGUACUUCCAAAACAUUCAAAAUUGGUAAUUCAAGAAAAGUUGAAAGAUUUGGGUGCAAAAAUUAUUUUAUACGGUAAAUCUAUAAAUGAAGCUGAUCAAUAUUUAAAAGGUAUUUUAAAUUCAAUUGGCGAUGAUAUUUAUCCAAUCUACUGUCAUCCUUUCAAUAAUCCAUUAAUUUGGAAAGGUCAUUCAAGUUUAGUUGAUGAAUUAGCUGAAAGUUUACCAAGAGAUAAAAUUAAAUCAAUUGUAGCUUCAUUCGGUGGGGGUGGUUUAUACAAUGGUAUCUAUGAAGGUAUUUUAAAAAAUGACUUAAAUUCAGAUGUAUUAUUACUUGAAACUAAACAAGCUCCAACAUUGACGAAAUCAUUAGAAGCGAAUGAUUUAAUAACUUUAGAUUCUGUCAAUUCAUUAGCUACUUCAUUAGCUUGCUCAUACACAACACAGUCAUCCUUAGAGUACUACCAUAACCAAUCUAAAAUCAGAACAAACUUAGAAUUGAUUGAUGAUUUAGAUUGUCUAAAAAGUUGUGUUGAAUUUAACAAUAUAUUUAAUGAAAUCGUUGAACCAGCUUGUGGUGCUGCUUUAAGUGUUUGUUUCAAUAAAAUUGAUUUAUUAUACAAGAACUUUAAACAUUUAAAGAAAGAUGAUAUUGUUGUAAUUGUUGUUUGUGGUGGUUCCUGUACAACAAAAGAUGAUUUAAAAGAGUUUGAGAGAUUAGUUACUAGAUCAGAGAUUAAAUUGUAA